ACACAGUCCAUGUUAUUGCUCCUUCUCUGCAACGUGCGUGCUGCACUGCAAAUGCAAUAUAUAUAUAUAUAUAUAUAUAUAUAUAUUGUAGAUCGUUUCGACUUGAAUAAUUAAACAAGUUAUUUUUUGACGGAUCUUCUUAUUUUGCUCACUCAAGGACUGUUAAAAUUACCAGCAAUCCUACUGCUAGAUUUUAAGUGACAAUCGAGCCUUCAAUUUAAGGCUUAGGUGGACGGUAAACAACGUAUAAUGGCGACCGAGAUUGAAGCAUGGACCACUGGCCCUCAGAACGAUGGCGUGUUCUCACUUGAGCAAGGGAAGGGUGAGGAGGAUGAGUCUUAUGGCAGUGAAGAUCUGAAUGAGUUGGAGGUGAACGGGAACUGGACCCCUCAGGAGAAGGCCCUGCACGAGGCCAGACUGAAAGCUAAGGCUAAGCGGCGCCUGCGCAAGUCAUCAUCCCGGGAUUCCAACCGGGAAUCAAUCUCUGAUUCCCUUUCAGGAGAGCUUUCUACCGAUCCACACAGCCCCAAGGGCAAAAACGCUGUAAAUGACAGAAAGUCACGGACUGGAAAAGGUCGGGGACUGCCGAAAAAAGGUGGAGCAGGUGGUAAAGGUGUGUGGGGAGCAGCGGGUAUGGUAUAUGAGGUGGAGGAACCUGAUGCUAAGGACCCCAACUACGAUGAAUCUUCACAAGGAGACACCGUAUAUGCCACAGUAGUACCAGAGCUGGACGAGAGAGAACUCGAGAAGACCAUCAACCCCAUUGUGCAGGAAUACUUUGAGCAUGGAGACACCAAAGAAGUGGAGAUGCUGCUCAAAGAGCUGAACUUGGGGCAUCACAAAUAUGAGUUCUCCUCUCUGGCUGUGUCUCUUUCUCUGGAGGGCAAGGCCAGCCACAGAGAGCUCACAUCUCGUCUCCUCUCUGACUUGUCUGGGAAGGUGCUUUCUGAGAAGGACAUGUCACGUGCAUUUGACAAAAUGCUUAAAGAGCUGCCAGACCUCAUCCUGGAUACACCGGAGGCCCCACAGAUGCUUGGCCAAUUUAUUGCACGAGCCAUUGCUGACCACGCUUUACCGAUGAGUUUCCUUGACUGUUACAAAGGCAAAGUAGAUUGUGACCAUGCCAGAGCUGCACUGGACAGAGCAUCAGUUCUUCUCUCCAUGAAAAGAAAAAUCAUGCGGCUUGAUAAUGUGUGGGGAGUAGGUGGCGGCCAGAGGCCUGUCAAACAUCUCAUCAAGGAGAUGAACCUAUUGCUAAAGGAGUACCUGGUGUCAGGUGAGCUCUCUGAGGCUGAGCACUGUCUGCGAGAUCUAGAAGUGCCACACUUUCAUCAUGAACUGGUCUAUGAGGCUGUGUUUAUGGCACUGGAGUCUACAGGUGAAACAGCCUUACAAAUGAUGGUCAAACUUCUCAAGGCAUUCUGGCAAACUGGCCUAAUCACUCUGGACCAAAUGAACAGGGGCUUCCAGCGUGUAUAUGACGAGCUGCCGGAGAUCAACCUGGAUGUGCCUCAUGCGCACUCCAUUAUGGAAACCUUUGUGGACCUUUGUUACCAAGAGGCAGUGAUCACUAAGCAGCUGAGAGAUUCCUGUCCAACCAGGGGGCGUAAGCGCUUUGUGAGUGAGGGCGACGGAGGCAUCGUGAAAAGCUAGAAGAUUUGGUCAGAGCUCCGGCAGGCCCUGAUGAUGAGCAGCCUGGGAUCUCCUGCACUUCCCUGGGAAUCUGUCCUCACUGUCUUCAUUGCUCAUCCUCGGAGUACACAGAAAUAUUCAGCCUCAGAAACAAUAUCAUUGUGUAGAAGAGUGACAACUGAGAAAUGCUGUACUCUCCUCUAUUACAGGAUUGUUUCAUUUUGUUUGUGAAUUUAUGUUCGAUUGUAUGCAGUAUAAGUGCUGCAGCGGAAGAAAAAAAGUGGGGAAAUCAGCAGCUUCAGAUGGCCAUGAAAUACAGUUUGGUUUGAGGGAUUAACGUUGCUUUUUUCAGCUUAAGUUGUUUUUUUUUUUGUUGUUGUUGUUCACAAGGGUUCACUUGUUAGUGUUCACAGUGGUCAAUCAAUGUUUUGCUUUUCUUUACAAUUGAAUUCAUAAAAUAUGGAGCACGUAAACUAAUGUAUUAAAUUGUGCUACCCAAAUGAAGUGUUUAAUCAAACUGUUGGGCCAAAAUACAAUAUUUUAUGAAGCGAAUGGAGACACUUCUAUUGUUUUUUUUAUUUUAUUAGUAGUAAUUAUUGCAUGUUUAUCUUCAAAUUUGUCUUAUUACUGCAUAAAGAAACCCACUUUUUCAGAUUCACAAGGUUCUGGGACAUUGCUUGGUUAAUUAAAGUCUCUUUUUUCGGUUAUUCAUGAUUUAUACCUUAUGCAUGAUGAAAACUAUUUUAAUUUGAAUGAGUUUAUGGAUCGUUUUGACAUCAAGAAGAACCUUUGUAUGUUUAAGCUUCCAAAGAAUGGAGGAGAGAGCAUCAUCACCUCUCAGUCACGGCUGAUGCCUGAAAGACUACAGUCUCCCAUUUUCAUAGCAGCUCAAGUUUUGUACCCUCUUUGUUUGAAGGUAAUGUUCAGAACAAUCAUUUUAAUUUUCAGUUAUUUUCUUUAUUUGGACGAGGAAAACUGGUUAAAUUGUGUCAGUGCAGAGUAAACAAUUGUAAGUUAAAAAAAAAAUUGUGUAUAAUUUUUGAAGUGGUAAACUUUUCUGCAAAUUUCCACCAGUUUCACUAGUGAAACACUUGUGGUUUCAAUUAUAUGAUGGAGAGAAACUACUAAAUUUAACCAAAAGUACUUUGUACAUGCAAUCUGUCUUUGUAUCUGUUGAUGGGACACUUUUUCAAAACAUUUUUUUUUUUGUCAACUAGCAUUUACAGAGUUCCAGCAUUAAAUACAUUUUGACAUUAAAUUUAAUAAAAAUUCAUAAUGCUCAUAA